UCUAGAGUGAUUUGCAUUGGUCGCUGGAUUAGAACAUCUUUUUUGAUCUAUUUAUUUAUCUUUGUUUUAGUUUAUGGUUUGGUGUUUUAACACGCCAGGAGGGCAGAAAUGGCGGCCAACAUGUACCGGGUCGGAGAUUAUGUCUUCUUUGAGAAUUCUUCAAGCAACCCUUACCUGAUUAGAAGAAUAGAAGAACUGAACAAGACGGCGAGUGGAAACGUGGAGGCUAAGGUGGUCUGCUUCUACAGGAGACGAGACAUCUCGCACAGCCUGAUCCAGUUGGCCGACAAACACGCGAAGGACCUGGAGGAGGAAAGAGAGAGCCCGUCAGAGCCUGAGCUUACAGAGAAACAGAAACACCAGCUCCGCCACAGAGAGCUCUUCCUCUCCCGACAGUACGAAUCCCUCCCUGCCACGCACAUCAGGGGAAAAUGCAGCGUUGCCCUCCUGAACGAGACUGAAGCUGUACUCUCCUACCUGGAGAAAGAGGACACCUUCUUUUACUCAUUGGUGUAUGAUCCCACACAAAAGACCCUGCUCGCAGACAAAGGGGAGAUCCGUGUUGGCCCCCGCUUUCAGGCUGACGUUCCCGACAUGUUACAGGAGGGGGAACCUGAUGACCGAGACCAAUCCAAACUGGAGGUGAAGAUGUGGGAUCCCGAGUGCCCACUGACCAACAAGCAGAUAGACCAGUUCUUAGUGGUGGCCAGGGCGGUGGGGACGUUUGCUCGAGCGCUGGACUGCAGCAGCUCCGUCAGACAGCCCAGUUUACACAUGAGCGCAGCCGCCGCGUCCCGAGACAUCACGCUGUUCCACGCCAUGGACACCCUCCACAGGCACGGUUAUGACCUCUCCAGCGCUCUCAGUGUGCUGGUGCCUCAGGGCGGGCCGGUGCUUUGCAGGGACGAGAUGGAGGAGUGGAGCUCGUCAGAGGCCAACCUGUUUGAGGAGGCCCUGGAGAAAUAUGGCAAGGACUUCAACGACAUCCGACAAGACUUUCUGCCAUGGAAAUCUCUGACCAGCAUCAUUGAGUAUUACUACAUGUGGAAGACCACAGACAGAUAUGUACAGCAGAAGCGACUGAAGGCAGCUGAAGCAGAGAGUAAACUGAAGCAGGUUUACAUCCCCACAUAUAAUAAGCCCAACCCCAACCAAAUCUCCGUCAGCAACGGAAAGAUGGCCACCAUGAACGGAGCGGCCGGCCCGGGUGGUUACCACGCGGCCGGGGGUGGGCGGGCAUGCGAAAGCUGCUUCGCCAUGCAGUCUCCUCAGUGGUACUCUUGGGGUCCUCCGAACAUGCAGUGUCGUCUCUGUGUGUCCUGUUGGAUGUAUUGGAAAAAGUACGGUGGCCUAAAGAUGCCAAGCAGAGCCGAGGGUGCUGAGGAGAAGACCCCGCCGAGCCCCGCCCCCAACGAACCGCGGUCACGUACUCACGGUCCCCGCCAGUCCUCCCACAUGGUCCCGGUGCGAAACAGCGGCAGCCCCAAAUCCUCCAUGAGGACCAAGCAGGCCUUUCUGCUCCAGGCCACGCGCCUCACCAAGCUCGCGCGUCACAUGUGCCGCGACGUCAUCAGGCUGCGCCGGGCCGCGCGCCGCCCCUUUGUGCCCAUUAACUGUGGCGCCAUAAAGGCGGAGUAUAUGAUCCGGGUGUCUGAAGGAAUGGCAGGCCGGCCGUCUAGGCCAAGACCCUCCCAAAGGAGCACGCUCACUAGUGUCCUGCAGUUCUUGGAGUCACGUCCAGCGCCCCACAUCCCGCGGGCUCACCGUACCCUUGGUCUGCAAAUCCAACCCCCACGCCGCCUGCUCUCUUCCCUGCCCAGCCACGGGCCGCUCGGCAUGCUGGGAAAACGCAGCUACCACCAUCACAGCAGGGCAGAGGCACCAGAGAGGAGAGGCAAUGCCCCAGGACAAGAUAACCCAGGCCAUGUGGUGGGGCCUUCUCUGCAGCAUAACGGACGCACUAGCGUCAGCGGUAACCUGCGAGCCAGUGGUAUGAUGCUUCGCAAACGACGGCCAAACUGGAUCGAUGCACCAGACGACAGUUUUUUUCUGGUGUCCCGCGAGACCAGGAAAGCCAGGAGGCUGUUGUCUCGUUCCCAAUUAAGAAGAGCCUGUAGGCAACCCUGUGAGCAAAUCAACCUGCGCAGGGUUCCCCAGGGACCGGCGCAGGGGCCUGUCCUAGCUCCCCCUCAUCCUAGUCUACGGAUGCGAGGACCAAUCGUCAUCCAUGACUGA